UUCAAAAUGAUCGGCUAAGGUCUCUGCUGACAACUUUACAUAUAAUAUUUACUAUUGUAUAAAAUUGUUUACAUUUGGAUAAUUUCAUAUUUAGUGUCUUUUAUCUUAGACAUGUAUCCUUUAGUGCUAAUCAAAUCUUUUGGAAAAGAAACAAAUGAGGAUAUAAUUAAUGAACUAUUACACGUUAAUGGUGAGCUUAAUUUGGAACCAAUGACUAUAAGUGUGGAUUCAUACGAAAUAAAAUCCCACAAAUUAAGUAUUUGUACUAAAUACUAUAAAACACAACUUUUUCUUUUUGAAUGCGAAGAUAUUAACGAAAUUCCAGAUGCAGUAAAAAAGGAAAUAGAAGGCGUUAUAUUCUAUUUUGAUUCCAAAGAUUUAAAUUUUCUAUCGAAACUGACAACUUUAUUGAAGUUUGUUAAAGAUAACAAUAUAGGAGUGUCAACUCUAAUUACACGAAAUCUGAGUGAGAAAAAUUCACAAGAAUUAUCAUAUGAUGAAAUAAGAGGCAGAUGUAAACAUGAUAUAAAUAUUAUUGAUUUAAAUGAUAUAAUGGACAACGAAGAAGCGAAUGGAUAUGCGGAGGUGCUUGAUCUUCUUAAAAAUCAUUUAUGGCCUAAUGUUCAUAUUCCAAACCACAAUUCUAAUAAAAUACAUAAAUCAGAAGAAAAUGACGUUAAUGUUGAAGAAGCUCUACAGGAAUUUGAAGAAUUACUAAACAAGUUUCAGCAGUUUAAAGAUGUUUCUCGAAAUAUGUGUAGGGAAGAAGUACUCCAAAAUGCGGAAAAUCUGGCAGAGCUUUUUGCUAAUAUUUUAAAUGAAGAUUGAAUAUAUUAAAAAAUAUAUUAAACUAUUUUUGAAAUGUAUUUUAUAUUGUACACCUAUUACGCAUCAGUGUAAAUAAUAGCAAAGCUGCACUUUGUUUAACUUGAGCAAAUCUUGAAGUAAGUUAUUUAAUAAAAUGUUCAUAUUUAA